AUGCGUGUCCUCUCACUCCUGACUUUGCUAGUGUUAGGUUUAUUCGGGACUGUCACUGCAGAAGAUAUCAAAGAUGUUCCUAUUGAAGUCCUCAACCUCACUGUGUACGACAUAUCCAACAAAUUGGUCGAGUUGUUCGGUGGUGACCAAAAUAAGAGUAGAAUCAAAGAUUUGAAAGACAAACUAGAUCGUAUCAACCAUUAUGUGAUCGACCACAAUCUGAUUGGAGCACUCCUGAACAAUGUGACGUCAGAGACCACUUUAAACGAAACUAACUUCUACCAGGCACUCAUGGAUACGGAUCACUUCUCAUACUUGACAGCAAACGAAUCCAAGAAUCUGAUUCUGAAGCUAAAGGAAAAGAUGACACGAGACGACAUAUUGAAGAUCGUCGCAGAAAGAGCAUCGCGGAAGAAACUGAUGAAGUCAGCCAGAAGGAUGAUGGAAGAUCCCAUUCCUCAGCAUGACGAUGAAGAAAUGAUGAAUGAUGUAGUGGAUAAACUCAUAGCAGAAACGCCUUAUGACAACCACAAGACAAAAGAAAACAAGAGUGUUUAUUGGGAUCCUCAAAAGGAGUUGGAAGCGAAGCAGAGCUACCUCCAGAACAAGCGGAGUGGCCGGCGCAUCUUCCGCGGCGAACGCACUAACAUCAGGAACUUCCCAUUCAUGGCGUCCGUGCACCUCAUGGGCAGGUUUUGGUGUGGAGCCGUGAUAUAUUGGCAAGAUCUGUGCAUUACCUCAGCUUCGUGUCUACAGUUAUUACACAACAAUCGCUUCUUUCGUGAAAACCCUCGCAUACUACAAGUGAGGAUAGGCAGCAACCACAGCAGGAUUGGUGGUGAGAUGGUGGAUGUCCUUGAGGUGUACUUCCACCCCGGCUACAACCCAAGGACGUUGAAGAACAACCUGGCAGUGAUCAGGCUGCGACGUCACAUUCGCUUCACAACACACGCGGUCACCAAGUACAUCCCAAUCGACAACCACAUCCACGCCCCGCCCCCCACCGCUGCGGUACUGCUGCUCGGCUGGGGAGUCACCAAGAUAUCGCAGAAGUUAUCGUACGAGCCGAUAUUCUUGCAGAAGAAAGUGUUGCCGGUGUACCCAAACACUUUCUGCAAAGAAGUCUACGGAGACAAGUUCAUACCCGAGAAUAUGUUCUGUGCUGGUACUCUGACUACGGGAGAAGGCGCAUGUGAUCACGAUGCAGGAGGGCCAGCGAUCCUGGAUGGCCGAUUAGUCGGAGUCAUAUCGUUUGGACCUACUGUCUGCGGGUUUGCCGACGCUCCCACCGUGUUCACCACGGUCGGCGCCUACACUGACUGGAUAGAAACUAUCAAUGAGACUAUGAUGGAAUACUACAUCGGUAAAGUCCGCACCACUACCACAACCAAGUCUCCGCUCAACGAGUUCCUCGCGACGUACAGAAUUGGCCAGGCGGGACGUGCGAAGAGCACAUACGUCCCUCCGAUCACCAUAGCCACUGAGCCCACCGCGUCAGUCGAAGAGCCGGAGCCAGAACCAGCUGUUGAGACACGAGCACACUAUACAGCUGCACCACCAGUGCCUCGCCAUGUACUCCGAGAGGGUGAGGACUCUGACGACGGAUGGAGUAUUGAUUUGACCUUAUAA